GGAGAGGUGAAAGAAAUGACUGAUGAUACAUCAACGCUCGUGUCUAUUAAGUGUUCAGAGGGGUGCCAGUAUUUGUGGAGGGCACUGUAUAUAAAGAAGAUCUGUCACAAGUGCCCUGGGAUGACUACCACUUUCUUUAAUAAGACAGAGGAAAGGAAAGCAGCCCUGCUGUCCACUUCAGGCGCUAUGGACGAAGCGGUGGACACCACAGAAGAGUUAGAGUUGUGCAGCCACUGCAAUAAAGAGGUGGCCAAGGUCAAUUUUUCCAUGCAUGAAGCUCACUGCAAGCGGUUUCUCUGUCUGUGCCCUGACUGUGAUGAUUCAGUACCCAAGGAACAGCUCGAGGAACAUAGAAAGGAACAACACACUGUGGUAAGGUGUCAGAAGUGCAAUAAGAAGAUGCAACGAUGCAAGCUCCCAGACCAUGAGAAAGAUGAAUGCAGCGAGAGGCCUCAGAGCUGUGAGUUUUGUAACCUGGAGCUUCCUCUGAGCGCUCUGAAUGAGCACACUGAGACCUGUGGGAGUCGGACAGAGCGCUGCCUGGACUGUAAGCAGUACGUCAUGCUGAGAGACCAGACACGCCAUGCCCAGAUCUGCUCCCCUGCACUGUCUGAGGAUCACAGCUCUAACAAUGAUGACUCCAUUAAUGAAAAUAUGAAGUGUGCGCCAACAGAUAAUCUGCAGGACGAUCAGAAGUUGGGAGCCUAUUUAUCAUAUGAUCAGUGUGAUCUGUAUGGUGACCUGCGUCAAGACCUUGUGUCUGAAGAGCCUGAAGAACUUCCAGACCUGAAAUUCUCAUUCCUAACCCAGCAGAAGAAGGAAAUUGGGGCUGUUGGAUUUGGAGAUUGGGAUCAGAUUAGUACCUGUCCACACUGUCACCUGGCACUUCCACUUCGGACACUGGAAUGGCACGAGAAAAAAUGUAAGAUUUUUGAAAGUCUGAAGCUGAUCACCUGAAAAUGAACUGAAAUGAUUGCCAGUGAAAAUGAACACGAUGUCUCUCCGAAAUCACAGGACAGCAACAUGACAACUCAUUUCCACAUCUGUAAAAACUAACAAAUAUAGUAUAGAGAGAUGAAACAGGCACCUUUUUUAUUCUGACAUAACAGAAUUUUAGAUGAUUAUUGUGAAUUAUUGAGAGCUGCUUUCUACGCUAAAAAAACAUGAUUAAUGGACAUUGCCUUCUUAUGCAAAAUAGAUAUUUUGUAGAUAAAUGUUUUUACUACAGUGUUAAUAUAUACAUUUAAAUAGGGCCUCAAAUGUUCAAUUGCCUAGGGCCACUAGAGUCAUAAACAAAAGUCAUUCUAGACCAUUUCUGUUCAUCCAUUUAUCUUGAAGUGUUGAUACAAUAUAAGACACAACUGUCAUUUAAAAAAAAAAAUCCCACAAAAGACAGAGAAAGAAUUGUCUGCAGUAGUGUUGAUAGUCACCAGGCAUCUGAAGUGUCUGAUAGCUCUAAAAGCUCCCUCACAGAGAGCUAUUACAUUAAAUGUGGUUACAAAUUUGAUGCCUGAUGCUGGAGACAUUUUUUAUUAUAGGUGUGCAAGUAAGUUUGGCCUACAACAUAUUUCUUUCCAAUAAAUUGGCCAUGCAAAGUGUUUUACUACAAACAUCAACAUUACAUAUAAAAACUCAGAUAACAUGUAGAGUCCCUGAUCAUUUUGGAUAGUAAAUAAAAUAGCUAUAUUUGUGUUGCAGACAUUGAGACCCCUGGUUCCUAUCACUAGCACUAUAAAGAAAUCUGAGUUGAUAGGUUUCUCUACAAUGAACCGUUUCACAUCAAACUGCUCUGAAUGACUGUUCGCAUCUUAAUUCAAUUACAAAGACUUUUUAACACAUCUGUGGAAUUCUGCUUUAACAUGUCACAGUUGAUUGGACACAAGUAAACAUAAUGCAGAGGUAAGGAGAGACCAGAAGCCUCAGUGUCUUAAUGAAAAGUACUGUGACAUGUUUUGUGGAGGGCGUAGCCUGUUUUAUUUAUCUGGCUCAUUGUUUUCUCACUCUAUGAUACUUUCAAAGAACUUUAGGUUUAAAGCUCUUUAAUAAAUGUAAGCAGAGAAUGA